AUGAAGAAGAACAUAUUGAAGGGGAAGGUUGUCAAUCUAAUUGAGAAAGAUGGGACGAUCGCACGGUUCAUAGCAGAUGAAUUUAAGCACGAAAUCGGCUCCGACCAUUCCUGUUCAGCGAGAGAACAUGCAAUCGACCAUGCGUCAAGUAACCGAAGGAGUAGUUCGUUUUCAAGUUAUUUCAUACAGAAACAAGCCGAAGCCCGUCCUCACAAGUUCUGGGAGAUGAAUACCCCUGAACUAACUCCCGAAGUGAAGCGUGAGUUGGAGAUCAUCAGCAUGCGAAGCUACUGGGACUCUGCUUCCUUCUUUAAAGACCGAAAUCGAAAGGAGCUUCCCAAGGAAUUCGAGAUCGGAACUGUCGUGGCCGGCGCUUUUGAUGGCAAGCGAGGUACGUUGACGCGUCGUGAGAAGAAGCAGAGUCUGGCCGACGAGCUGGCUGCAGAUGAGGCGUUUAAGUCAAGAAGUGAUGUGGUUGUUGAAAAGGAGAAGGCGAAACGGUUGCGUCCUAAGCAUAAAAAGCGUCAUUAG